CGCGUUUGACGUUUCGAAAGGACGCCCGUCAUUGGAGCUGUCAAGUGCGGUUUUCACAGCAAACGCGCGUUUUCGGGAUUAAUUAUUGCUGAUUGUAAACAAAUGGAUAAGCGGAAAAUUUGCUAAAUAAGUUGUAUUAUCUGCUGCAAACUCACACGGCUGCCAGGAUGUCGGUCGUCAUCGAAACCACGAUAGGCGACAUCACGGUGGACCUGUUCCUGAAGGAACGUCCACGGGCCGCACUAAACUUUCUGAAGCUGUGCAAGCUCAAGUACUACAACUACAACCUGUUCCACACGAUCCAGUCGGAGUUUAUCGCGCAGACGGGCGAUCCGACCGGUGCCGGCGAUGGUGGCAUGUCGAUCUGGGGUAUCCUCGAGGGCAACCACAAGCGUUACUUCGAGGGCGAAAGUGUGCCAAAGAUUAAACAUUCCGAGCCGGGGCUGCUGUCGAUGGUGAACGCCGGGGAGCAUCUGAUUGGGUCGCAAUUUUUCUUCACGCUCGGUGCGGAUCUUACCUCGCUCGAUGGCCGCCACACGGUGAUCGGGGAGGUGACGGAGGGGCACGAGGUGUUGCGCAAGCUGAACGAAACGAUUUGCGACGAGCGUCACCGACCGUACAAGGAUGUGCGCAUUACGCACACCGUGGUGCUGGAUGAUCCGUUCGAAGAUCCGCGUGGUUUUCGGGAGCCGAGCCGUUCGCCUUCCCCGUCGGCCGAACGCUUGCAGGGUGGACGUAUUGCGGCGGACGAAGAGAUUGACGAUUUGGGCGGAAAGACGGAGCAGGAGAUAGCGGAAAUGAUUGCCGAGCGGGAGGCGAAAGCGCGGGCCACGAUUCUGGAGAUUGUGGGCGAUAUCCCGGAUGCGGACAUUGCACCACCGGAGAAUGUGCUGUUCGUGUGCAAGCUGAACCCGGUCACGACGGACGACGAUUUGCAGAUCAUUUUUAGCCGGUUCGGCAAGAUUAAGGGGUGCGAGGUGAUCCGGGACAAGCUGACGGGCGAUUCGCUGCAGUACGCGUUUAUUGAGUUCGAGAACCAAAAGUCGUGUGAGGAUGCUUACUUCAAGAUGGACAAUGUGCUGAUUGACGAUCGGCGCAUACAUGUGGAUUUCUCGCAGUCCGUGUCGAAGGUUAAGUGGCGCGGAAAGGGACGCGGCAUAGAGUUUAAGGAUGGAGCGGAUAAGCGAUCGUUUAAGGACUUUGACCGGAAGAAGCAGAAUCAGCAGCAGCACCAGCAGCAGCAGAAUCGUAACGGAGGACCGAACAAGCGCCAGAAUGCUUCCCCGAAAAGGGAGCGCGAGCAGGAGAAGCAGUCGACUCGAUCCGAAUCCGGAUCACGCUCAAGAUCCUCUUCUCGUUCGCGGCCAGCGAAAGACGAUCGUAGACAACGCAGUCGUUCCCGUGAGCGGAUGCAGCACCGUGAGCGGGAUAGAAACCGUCCGCAGGGACGCCGAGACGCACCGGAAGGUGGUAGUCGCGGACGCAAACCGCAACUAACCGAGCGCAACUCCGCCUAUCUGGAGCAACGGAACGGACGAGACAUUCGCAUCAAUCAAGGCAAGGUUGAUUACAAAAAUCGUCCCUACCCGGACAGCUUCGUGCAACGGAAAGGUCCACGCGAUAAGAGCGCAAAACGCGGUGGUCCGACGGGUGGUGGACGGUCUGGAAGUGGAAUGCGCCCCGAACCGCCACCGCGACGCCGGUCCCGAUCUCGUUCAAGGGAUCGCCGCCAGAGACGCUCCCGGAGUCGUUCGAGAGAUCGGCGCUACAGUCCCGACCGUUACCGCAGUCAACGGUCGCACUCGCGAGAAGCAAGAGGCCGUAGACAAAUCGAGCCAGAGCGUGUUGGAAGCCGCUCAUCACCUAGCCAGCAACGGUCGGAAGCAGAUUAUCGCCGUAGCGGUGGUGCAGCCGCCGUCUCCUCAAAACCUGCCCCGUCCGGAUCGCGCGAUCGAGAGCAACGCCGGGAAUCGGACGCCCCACUCAAACGGCGUUCUUCAAGCUCGGUUUCACGCUCAAGCCCACCGCCGAAGGAGAAAAGGAAGCGAAAGAGCUCAUCGUCGUCCCCGUCGUCCCGUUCGGAUAGCUCUUCGCCGUCCAGCUCGAGCGAUUCGGACGAGCGGUCCAAAAAGCGUAAGAAGAAAUCUUCGAAAAAGAAAUCGAAGAGCAGCAGGAAACGGAAGGGUUCCGGUUCGUCGGACGAUGAGAAGAACCGGAAAAAGUCGAAGGGAAAGAAGAAAAAGCGGAAGCAUUAGAUUUAGCAGCAGGAAGGAUGCAGCUAAGGAUGCAUUUUUAUUAACAUUGUAAGAGAGAGAGAGAGGAUAAGGAGAGUACCAAGGAACGCUAAAUACUAGGGAAGACCACUGCAAAUGGUGUUCGUUUUUUUUUUCAUCAGCAGUUUUCAUGCGAUGACUUUCAAUUCAUUUAAAUCCAUCCAACGAUUUUUGUACCAAAUCUGUCGAGUGCGCUUUAAGUUUCCUUGGGGCAGCCUGUAGUGGGCUCAGGUGAGGAUGUGAAAAACAUCCUGGACAAUUUGUAAUUUGGAGCGAAACUAUGGGACAGUGGACUGCUGAUCAGUAGAAAGGACCUCCGAACUGCACUCCUAGCAGAGAUCAGUAAAAUUUUCUCUGUGAAGAGCUAAAUCGAAGGAGCUUUUUACAUCAUACUGUAGUCAAGAAGGAAACCCCAUUCGUCGUAAAUCUGUUCGUAGAAAGGAAAUCAUAAUAAGUGAACAAAAAUCUCUGUUUCAAAACCAA